GAACCGUCCCCCAGGACUGGGCGGAGUGACAGAACCGUCCCCCAGGACUGGGCGGAGUGACAGAACUGUCCCUCAGGACUGGGCGGCGUGACAGAAGUUAGUGUUUUUCUCUUUAACUGUAAAGCUUAGGGUCUGGAGGGGACAUGCUGAUUGUAGAUCUGUGCCUGUGAUCAACUUCACACCUGGGCUAACUCACACGUUUCCUUAUAAAGGCUUUCCUCGACGGCUUGGGCCACACCCUGCAUUCAGAACAAAGCCUGUUGUGACCACAUAAGAGAUGCAGUCUUUCAGGUGGCAGAUAAGGAUUGGAAUCUACUAAAUAAGCACCUUUUGUGGAGGGCUGCUGAACCUGGGGUGUAUCACAGGGCAUUGUUUCUGCUGCUACUAACAAUGGAAGUGCCCGCGCACACACACAUCGCAUUUGCUAUUUUUUUUCUCUCUCUCACACACACCUUGUUUACAUGGUAAACAGUCUGAAACGCAUGACAACCAUGCCGAUUUGAGUUGAGCAAGACCCACGUUUAACUGAGUCACCUCUGUAAAACCUUAUAGUUAAGAUGGGCAGCUAGCUCGCGGAGUGAAUUUCAAAACGGAUUGGUUUGUUGUUCUGACAACGACAGACUGACUAUACCUGUUGUCCUCGGCGCAUGUGACAAAUAAACAGUGAUUUGACAGACAGGCGCGGCCCUGUUGCGACAGGGAGGUGGCGUACUGUGGUCCACAGGUCCUGUCGCGAUGCUGUAGGACCCUGAUCAACAACAACAAACUAACUAACUUGGCAAUGGCCUAAAACAUACAAGCUGUAACGUUAGUAGGUACAUUAAUUCACAGUAGCUAGCUAGUAUAAUAACAACAUUUAUUUAGUUCACCAGUUUUCUAUAUCAUUCUGAUUCAGUAGCUACGGACUAUUUGGUCGAAAUAACUAGGUAACUAACUGUCUGUCUGUCUGAUAAUAUAACUAGGUAACUAACUGUCUGUCUGUCUGAUAAUAUAACUAGGUAACUAACUGUCUGUCUGUCUGAUAAUAUAACUAGGUAACUAACUGUCUGUCUGUCUGAUAAUAUAACUAGGUAACUAACUGUCUGUCUGUCUGAUAAUAUAACUAGGUAACUAACUUAGCUGAUUAGCUAACUAGAGAUGAGGAACAGAGCUAAGAGGGCAAAUGGUGACAAAGUUAUUACCAAAGACAUUUGUAGAUAAGAGGAGAGAGCAAGAAAACGUAAACUAGGGCGUAUUCAUUGCGCCCAUUCUGUUGCAAAUCGUUUCCUAAACGGAAGCAAAUCGAACGAAUAGAAACUCCCGUCUUGUUCUGUUAAACCGUAAACAGUUUCCGCAACGAAUACGCCCCUGAACUGCCGACACAGUCCAACAUCAACAUCAUCCCAUAACUAGCUGGCUAACUACAGCUAUCAGUCACACAUUUAUCCGCAUCGGAUCAUUAGGUAGUUACCAAAUCUGUCAACACAAACACCAAGCUUGUAUCUCUCACUGGCAGACCCGAGAAGCACGAAACGUCAGCUAACGUAGCAUAGCCAGGUAGCUAACUGGCUAGCGAAAUAGUGAAAUGGCCACACGGUUGUUGUAUCUAACGUUAGAUAGCGGGUAAAACGAUUCACAAAUGUGUAACCUCGAUGGAUGCUCACCUGAAUCUACAGCGACUGGGCAAAUUCAAUCCACACGUCUUCAGUUCACUCCAGAAGGCGCAAGCGAUCAAAUGACAGUAGCUAUAGUUACUUACUGUACUGCUCCAAUGAAUACGAAGGCUUCACUGCUACUCACUUUCUUUCUCACCCCAAGGGCGGUAACACAGGAAGAGAGACACUGCACACAGUACCCAAUGUACGGCUGGGUCUCCAGCUCUGAAAGCCGACUCAGCCAAUAGACGGAGAGGAGAUCUACCACUGACCAAUGAGCUUUCUCUAUUUCUACGAGUCAGCCCACCUCUGAUCAGCAAAGGACCAAUCAGCAGCGGUUUCAAUGUAGGACGCACGCAAAGUUGUAUGUCAGCAACAUCAAUGAAGAGUGACCGUUCAAUGGAUUCCCCUCGUUAUUUCAAAGAGAGAGAAAAGGUCUCUCAGCCAAAAGCAGAACCAGGAGAACCAUGUGACAUCUGCUCUGAGCGCAGAGCCAUGAAGCUUUGUCUGACCUGCUCUGUCUACUACUGUGAGAAACACAUGAGGAAGCACUUCAUAAUACAAGCACUGAGGAGACACGUCAUGGUGGAUGUCACUGAAGAAGUCGUACUACAGAGAAACACCUCGGAGAAGAAGAGGAGAGAGGAGCAGGAGGAAGAGGGAAGGAGACAGGGACAGGAGGAGGGGCUGAGGUGGCAGACGAGGAAGGAGGACUUUAGGGAAGAGGAGAGGGGGCACCAGGAGGCUGCGGAACAACAGUGCAGAGAGAAGGAGAGCGAGAGAGAGCGAGAGAAGGAGAGCGAGAGAGAGAGGGAGAAGCAGCAGCUAUCGAUAUGGGACUCCUAUGGCUGUACUGACCAGGUCCAGCCUGAGACAUCCAGAGUAGACAGGGCAAAGUCCAAAUCCAUUCCUGAGCUGGACCAUGUGGAGGAACCAGAGAUCACAGUGACUAGCAGUGACAGGCUGGGUGAGGCAUCAUGGAUAAAGGGCCAGCAGACCCUGCCCAAGGUGCAGCUGGAGACGCAGCAGAUCCUGCCCAAGGUGCAGCUGGAGACGCAGCAGAUCCUGCCCAAGGUGCAGCUGGAGACGCAGCAGAUCCUGCCCAAGGUGCAGCUGGAGACGCAGCAGAACCUGCCCAAGGUGCAGCUGGAGAGGCAGCAGAACCUGCCCAAGGUGCAGCUGGAGACGCAGCAGAUCCUGCCCAAGGUGCAGCUGGAGACGCAGCAGAUCCUGCCCAAGGAGCAGCUGGAGAGGCAGCAGAACCUGCCCAAGGUGCAGCUGGAGAGGCAGCAGAACCUGCCCAAGGUGCAGCUGGAGAGGCAGCAGAACCUGCCCAAGGUGCAGCUGGAGAGGCAGCAGAACCUGCCCAAGGAGCAGCUGGAGAGGCAGCAGAACCUGCCCAAGGUGCAGCUGGAGACGCAGCAGAUCCUGCAGAUGAAAAAGAAAGUCAGACUACGCAACGACGACAGCUGGAUCCGCCAGCGUUCCACCAGCAAGCCUCCUGCCACCGGACCCAUCAGGAAAGGCAAGUCUCUCGACAACCUGGACAUCUGCUCUUCCUGGCACUCGUCGUGGACACCGGAGAGCACCUCCUCCAUCCUCAACUACAGUUGGCCUCACUCUGGCCUCAACAGCUACAUCGGCCGGGUCGGAGGUCAUUCCGGCUCAGCCACUAUGUCCUCUCUCUCCAUGAGCUCCCUCAGAGGAGCCGGGAUUGGAAGCAACCAGUCUUCAUGGUCCCAGCACUCUCCCUCACCCUCCUCCUCCUCCUCUUCCCCCUCCCCUUCUACUGGCCCCAAGUCCCAGUCAUUCCUAUCCGUGCAUGAAAGCAGCAGGACAGUGAGUGGCAAGGAAAUGUGUACGUUGUGUGACACGGCGCUGGUCGAGGGAGCCGCCAUGGUCAUCGAGUCCCUGGGGCUCGUUUAUCAUUUGACGUGUUUCAAAUGCAUCAACUGUAAGUCCGAGCUGCUGGGCGCAUCGGAGGUCGGAGCGGAGGUCAGAAUACGGAACCGACGGCUCUUCUGUGACUCCUGCUACGUGAUUGAAAAGUGGACGGUCAACCUCCGUGAGAAACGAGUCAAAAGAUUUUCAGAAGUAAAAGCGAGAUGCACCAGCAGUGUUGUUUCCUAAGAGAGCAAAUGAAACACAGUGGGACAGUACUUCUCUCAAAUGUUGUGCACAAAUGUGUUAGUGAGCAUUUCUCCUUUACCAAGAUAACCCAUCAACCUGACAGCUGUGGCAUAUCAACACGCUGAUUGAACAGCACGACUAUUACACAGGUGCACCUUGUACAGGGGACAAUAAAAGGCCAGUCUAGACAUCUGUGGCAUUGUGUUGUGUGACACAACUACUACAACUUUUAAAGUUAAGGGAGUGUGCAAUUGGUAUGCUGACUGCAGGAAUGUCCACCAGAGCUGUUGGCAGAGUUUCAUGUUAAUUUCUCUACCGUAAACCGGCUCCAAUGUCGUUUUAGACAUUUUGGCAGUACAUCCAACUGGCCUCACAUCCGCAGACCACGUACGUGUAUGGCGUUGUGUGGGAGAGCGGUUUGCUGAUGUCAACGUUGUGAACAGAGUGCCCCAUGGUGGCAGUGGGGUUAUGGUAUGGGCAGGCAAAAGCUACGGACACAAUUGCAUUUUAUCGAUUGGCAAUUUGAAUGUUCAAAAAUACUGCGACGAGAUCCUGAGGCCCAUUUAAAAGUGCUGAUCUGUAUUCCCAGUCGUGUGAAAUCCAUAGAUUAAGACCACAUUAAUUUAUUUAAAUUGACAGAUUUUCUCGUAUGAGCUGUCACUCAGUAAAAUGGUUGGAAUUGUUGCAUGUUGCGUUUUUGUUAAGUAUAUUUCGGAGCCCGUUGGUCCACGACUCGAUGCUCCGGUACCGCCUGCCGGACAGGAGCAGAUAGAACAGUCCAUGGCUCAGGCGGCUGGAGUCCUUGGCAGUUUUUCGGGCAUAAAUGUACUGGAUGGCCGUCCGCACCACCCUCUCUAGGGCCUUGCGGUCGUGGACGGAGCAGUUGCCAAACCAGGCGGUGAUACAACCAGUCAGGAGGCUUUCGAUGGUACACCUGUAAAAGUUCCUGAGGAUCUGAGGGGCCAAAUCUCUUCAGUCUCUGAAGGGGAAAGAGGCACUGUCACACCUUCUUCAUGACUGUGCUGGUGUGAGAGGACCAUGUUAAGUUCUCAGUAAUGUGGACGCGGAACACAGGUAUUCCUCGUUUCUCGGCGGGAGAGGACAGUGUGGAGUGAAAUAGAGAUUGCGUCGUCUGUGGAUCUGUUGAUCUGUUGGAGGCCCAAACUGAAGUGGGUCCAGGGUGUCUGGGAUGAUGGAAUUGAUGUGAGUCGCCAACAGCCUUUCAAAGCACUUCAUGAUUACAGAUGUGAGCGCUACAGGGCGGUAGUUAUUGAGGCAGGUUGGGAACAGGAAUGAUGGUAGUCAACUUGAAACAUUGGGAUUACAGACUGGGACAAGGAGAGAUGCCUCCCAGCUGGUCUGCACGUGCCCCGAGGACCCAGCCUGGAAUACCGUUUGGCCCUGCGUUCUUACGGAGUGUUGACCCGUUUGAAAGCCUUAUGUAAGCCUCGGAGAGUGAUGUCUCCCAGUCCUCCGGAUCAGCGGGCCCUCAUGCAAGGCUCUGUUGUUUUUAUAGAAGAGUGCAUGGAAGAAAGAGAUAGAGAAAACAUUCUGUACAAAACAGCAAAGUUGUGUCGAAGCUCACAAGACUGCAACCACACGACACAGCGACAUCUUGCAGGUAGCAGAGCCAAGCGCGGUCUAGCAGGUAUUUGCAUAUUUCCGUUAUGGAAUGCCUACUCUGUGAAGUGUGCGCGUGCAGUAACUCAAUUCGUCCUUGAUCUCCUAAAUAAUGCAAUUAAAAAAAAAAAAACGUUUAGUCAAGUCUACAAAACUUAGUCCACUCUGUUCACUACAGAUUUUAGAUUUGGGAACAGAAAACUGCAUUGAGAUCGAAUGUUUCAUCGAUGCGAGAAUUAGCAGAAUGUCAGCCAAGUUUCAUCGAGCUUCAACUUCACCCACAACUGGACUUCUAAACGAAUGCUUCAGAUUCAUUUAUCCUGCGAGAGAUCUGGCUCCUUGUUACUACAGACACCCUGAUUUGAAUCCAGGCUGUAUCACAACCCGACCGGGAUUGUGAGUCCCAUAGGGCGGCGCACAAUCUGCCCAGCGUCGUCUGGGUUUGGCCGGUGUCGGCUGCCAUUGUAAAUAAUAAUUUGUUCUUAUUAAUUGACUUGACUUGUUAAAUAAAAUAUUAAAUAUUCUGUGACACUGCAUCUCUUCCUCUAUCCGCUGUAGCACAAUGAACACUGCAACCAGCCAUAAACACUAGUAGAUGUUAUAAAUAUAUAUAUAUAUCUAAAAUGGCCACAACAUUGUACAUCAGAAUUGACUAUGAAUGAAUUCAGGGUUGGUGUUUGAUGUGAUCUAAAGUAGGCCUUGUUUAAAAACAAUACUUGUCUCUGGAUUUUUAAAACAGACAAUUCUUGUUUGCUUUACUAGCCAUUUAGAGAAAGAAAAGGGGGGAUACCUGUACAACUGAAUGCAUUCAACUGAAAUGUGUCUUUCCCGACAAUGAUAC